UGCUUUAUGUUCAAUACUGUUUUCAUGCUCCCUCAAUUUUUCUUCUGUUUUCAUCCAAUUAGAGAAAAGAGAAAACCAUUUACAAAUUUUGAUAGUUUAAAAUUACUGAAAAGUUUGCACGCAAAGCAAAACACAUUUCCCGUACAUUUAGAGUACAAUAACCAUUUUCUCUCCUGUCGCUCUCAAUUUUCAAGAACUCCCACAAAUGCAGAUGUUGUUAGUUUACGAGUGCAUUUUGGAUUUUGCCUAGCAGAAGCUGUGUAGUCUCCAUUAUUAUUACUAAAAAAAGUCCGGCCCCUUAUCAACACAAUAACUACCGUAUUUACUCGCAUAUAGGUCGCCAUCGCAGAUAGGUCGCACCCAUAAUUUGAGGUCUUGAAUUUGGUAUUUAAGAUUCCCCCCAUAUAGGUCGCACCGGUAAUUCAUUACCGCGCCGUGCGUGGAGAAAGGUCAUUGUACUCGAUCAGCUGCUGUUAUGGCGCGCCUGCUGGCUCUCUUUGUUCACUGAGCUGCGCAUGCGCAGUAUAACUCACUCAACGCUCCGCCCAGACUCGUGACCUUGCAUCAGCAGCCAGCCAAUAGAUGCGAGCUUAGCGGAAAAAAAUAUAAGCUCCACCUCCCGUGUACCAGUUUUGACCAGUUCUAAUACCAGUUUAUUGGUAUACGCACCAGUUUUCUCGCUGCAGUGACACGUUCAAGUUUACGUCCAUCUUGAUGUCUUGAUACCAAUAAUUAAUUAAUUACGAUCCCCAGAAAUAAAUUGUUAUUUUAAAAAAUAUGUGUCAACUGUACAAUACUUCCGAAAUUAUAAAAUACGUAUAAAACAGUUACCAAGAAUCCGCUCAUUUUAUCUUGUGAAGUUUGUCUCGUACCAGUAUUUCGGCUAAGUUGUGACAUAAAUACAGUAUCAGAACUUACAAGCAGCCACGUUUGUUUAUACAUUCGUGAGUUUACGUUUUUCCCUCGUGCCUAGAUUGUCUCCUGCUAUAAUUACUCGGAAUUUUACACGCCUAGGCUUAAAUUAUUAUAUGUUAAGAAAUAAAAGCAACUUUUCAUGUUAUAAAAUAUGUAUAUUUUGCGAUUUAAAAUGUUCAUUGCCGACUAUAAACGUUACGUUUUUCACGAUGUUUUUAGACCUACUAGCUAAUCUUAUCUACUCUUACGGUAUUUUCUGGUUGUUUAUGGUUGUUACGUGACGUAAAUAGCGGGAUGGAAUCGAUUUUUGAGUCGUAAUUUGCGUGAAAGUAUUGUAUUGGACUAAAUGGGAACUAAACGGGACCUGAAGAAUAUAGUGCAAAUAACGGGAAAACGUAAAUAACGGUAACGUAAAUAAGGGGUUUCGCUGUAUGUGUACAUUGUAAAUAAAUUUGCCUAUACCUAUAUAAACUUCUUUUUCGCAUUUUAAAGCAAAAUAUUGCAAAAAAAAAUUCUCAAAAAUUUUUAAAUUUUUUUUCUUCACAUAUAGGUCGCACUUCAUUUUUUCCCCAUCAAAUCUGGUACAAUUGCCGCGACCUAUAUGCGAGUAAAUACAGUAAUCAUUUCGUCAGUGAUAUUGCCAGGCCAUGCCGCAGGAUCUUGCUGGAUUUCUUCUAUUAACACUGCACUAUCAAACUCUACACUUCUUUCAGUCCUAGCACAGUUUCUAGAAGUUAUGGGAAUUUCUGGAGGUGUGUUAUGUGUUUACAAUUAUCUAUUUUAGUUACUUCUGUGUUUUCUUUAACUUUAUCAGAGCUUGAAAGUGGUAAAGUCCAAGGCAACUUACCAUCACAAUCACAUGGUUCUAGUGUUUGAGGAGGUUCAUGGUUCUUUGUGAAGAAGGUUGUAAGUUUUGGAAGUUUGUUUAUUUCUUCUUGUUCUCUUCUUUUUGCUUUACGUUUGGAAGCACCACUAUCAAAUUUACGUACACUCAUUUUGUGACAUUAUUAUAAAACACAACCAAUUAGCAAUUAUUAUCAAACUAAAACUCUGGUGUAGUAUCAAGGUCUGUGUACAUUAUUCCCGCCUGAUGGACUUCUCUAUUGUUGAACACAACUACCAACAUGAACAUCAUAAACAAGUUCGUAUGAUUCAUAAAUAGGGACUAGAAAAUUUCGCGAUCGCGAAAUUUUCACGAAUUCGCGCGAAAUUAAGUGCAAAACGCGAAAAAUACCAUUUGUUGCGAAAAAACGAAAUUUCUACGAAUUUUAACAAACUAUGCGCGAAAAGGUUUAUUUAUUAUAAAUUUAGUAUCAUAAUCAUAAAAAUAAGUCGCAGUCACACGCAUCGACGCAAUUCACAAACAAUAUGUUCGUUUGAAUAAAAAAAUGUAAGGAAAUAAAUGUCCUAACCAAAAAAAAAACACGAAGGGUAAAACUUAUAAUUAAUUAUUAUUAUGUAUUAUAAUAAUUUGCGAUGUUAAUCAUUGCUAAGUAAUUUACGAUUUUCUAUUUAUUAACUAACAUCCGCUUUAAUAUGAAACACUUAACGUGACGUUGAUUCAUUUUAAUUAAAUAAAAGUCCGCCGGUGUAAACCAUUCCUUUCGCCAGUCAUCGCAGCCAUUUUUUUUUGUUGCUAUGGCCUACGGAUAACGCUCCUAGCCAGUAACUUAAAUUCAUGAUUAAAAUUAACACGCCAUUGAGUGGGACUUCGGGACGUAAUUACGGAGAACAUAAUAAAAUUACUUAAUACAUCGGGCAAAAAGUGACGGUAAAAAAAGAUAAAAUUAUUUACAUGGAGACUGCGGGAGAUAUAAACACUUUUAUUUUUAAUUCCUUGGGAUCCACGGAAGAAGAAAAAAAUUAACUUGAAAGAGAAUAGUUUUCACUGGUGUGCAACUGCUGCUGUCGUCAUGUUCACUUUGGCUUCUACUCCGACGGGCAAAUCGGCAAGUUAACAAGAUUAUUAAUUGGAUAGUGACUAGUGAGUGAGUAAAAAUGCGGAAUAAAUUAAGUGCAAGGGAUCGAGCAUUUCAGUAUAAGAAGGAGGGGUUUUACUGUACAGAUAAUAGCACGGUUAUGUGUAAGUUUUGCAACACGAAAGUUUCGUGGGAUCGAAAAGACACGAUUGAAAAACAUUUAAAGUCGGCAAAACACGUGGCGUCAUUAGCAGCAACAAAAGAAGAGACUACAAAACUACAAACAUCAGUUGCAUCAUGCUUUAAUAAAGUUGUCAAAGACAAAAAAUCGGCAGAUUAUCUUGGGAAACGUGUCACAGAAACAUUUGUAAAGGCUAACAUACCACUUGAGAAACUUAACAAUGAACACAUGGUGAACUUCAUGAAUGAAUUUAUUGAAGGAUCUGGCGCAUUGCCUUGUGUAAAGACACUGCGAGAAAAGCACCUUCCCAGAUUAAAUAUGGAAAGGGAAGAAAACAUCAAGGAGAAGGUCAAAGGAAAGCACCUUGCGGUAUGCUGCGAUGAAACAACAGACAAACAAGGUCGGUGUGUUUUCGUUAUAAUCUUCAAGAUUAUAGAAGCCAGUCACCAAGUUGAAAUCGUAGUAGGUGAUGUCCACAUUCUUGAAACAGCUGAUGCAAAAAGUUGUUCAAGAGCCAUUCUUGAUUCUUUGAACAAAUAUAACAUUAGCUAUGACAGUGUCCUGGCCUUAGUAUCAGACUCAGCCCGAUACAUGGGGAAGUGUUUUGACACACUUACCAACUUGAUGUCGGACAAUGUUGUAGUGAUUCAGUGUUGGGCGCACAAACUCAAUCUGAUUUUGAAUGUUCUGGGAAAGCACCUUCCUGAACUUCAAAAUGCCACUUCCAAAAUCAAGAGUGCGUUCCUGAACACUCGAAAGAGAAAGCAUCUGUUCCGGCAAUUUCUGGAUGAUAAAUAUGAAGCUGGAAGGGUUCCACUGUUCCCAAUGCCAGUCCUCACGAGAUGGUCUUCGUGGUACGAGUCUGUAGCCUAUGUAUCCGACUACAUAGAAGCUAUUGUUGAGUUCAUGAAGAGUGACGACAUAGCAUCAGUUAGCAAUGUUGGAGUUCAGUAUUUGGCAAGUUUGUCACAGGAACAGGUCCUUAAUGUUAAGGUGCAGGCUGCCUUCAUCAAAGAAACAGCAAAGGGAAUUGUUGACUUGACGAAGUUGUUGGAAGGGUCGUCAUAUCCUUGUAGCAACAUUUUGUGUGGUAACCUACGCAAAGUUGAGCAAGUUUUGCAGCUUGCUGAAGCAGGAAAUUUUGGCGAAGAAACAAGUUUAGCACUGCAGUCGUGUGGAAGAGAUGUUUCAAAAGCUCAGGUUAAAUCUGCCUUAGUAAAAGCUGCAUCACAUGGAUACACUAAGCUGCUAGCUUUAAUUUCAAGUGAUCCUGCAAGUCAUCUUUAUUCUGAACUGAGUGUUUUUGACCCUGCACAGAUUUUAAUUACGGAAGUAACAAAAGAUCUUGGUAAAAAAUUGAAGAAAAUGGCAUUGUUCAAGGACUGCGAUGAAAGUCAAUUGCUUCAAGGCUAUAAAGAGCUUCAGUUCUUGGUGAAGAAACAGUUAGGAGACAAAAGUGAUGCAUCACUGGAUUUGAUUGCAAUAUUAUUGUCUCUUUCUGUAAAUCAUCCAGAAUUUUCUAAGGGUGCUUUGAAAAGUGUAUGGUUGCCAUGUGCAAAUGCAGACUGCGAACGAUUUUUUUCUAAGUACAGUUCUGUUCUAAGUGACCAACGACAGCGCCUUAAUGCUGAAAAUGUAGCUAUUCUCAGUGAAAUCUAUUUUGAAGGUUGAACACUGUUUUAGUGUGUUAGUUGUAUGCCAUGUCUAUGUGUUUAGUGUUACAUAUGUAUUCAACUUUGCAGCUGUAAAUAUUAUGUAUUGUGUUUUAUGAUCUGUAACAAGCAGGAAACUGUGAAUUUUUUUGAUAAGAGCAUUACUAACAAAUAUAGAAGCUAAAAUUAUGUACAGAUAUUACGAUAAGUAAAUAAUAAUUUCCUCAUUGUAAAGGCUUUAAGAAUGUUUUUACAAGUAUCUCAGUAUCAAUAUAUAAUGUUCAUAUUAAUUUUGACUGUUAAUUUUGGGAAUCCACAAAAUAAUCACAUUGGUGAAAACACCGAAAUGAAAACACCGCUUUUAAGAAUUCAAACCACCGCUUUUUGCACUUUCAAAACGACGACAUUUUCCAGUCCCUAUUCAUAAACCAACAAAAUCAUUAAAAGAAAUAAAAUCAUUACUGCAAAAACAAUAUUAAUAGCCUUAAAAUCUCAAUAAAAACAUAUUUAGUUGCACAAAUAGAUUAAAACAGGGACAUUGAUUGUUGUUCGUCAAUCUUACAUUAAGAAGUUUUAUGUGUAAAUUAAUUACAUGACAUCUGUUGGAACUAAAACGAAUCACACAUCACAUUAAUCAACCUCUCGAAUCGAACAAUAGCACCCGUAGCGCCACAAUCGCUGUUGUGAUAUGUAAUGAAUUCGCUCGCUUUGUCCGCACCACAGUAGUUAUCGGCGACCGGCGUCAGAUGUCGGUGACUUACUCAGUAGUUAUAAAUAAAACCAUACAAGUUACAGCAUGGUGUGGUUUUAUUGUGGAAUCAUGCUUUACAGAACUAAAUAAAUAGGUAUCUAAAUUUAAAGACAAGUUAUUAUGAAGCCAGAUAUAAAAUGGGAAUUCACUUUAAAUAAUGAUAUAUUUUUUUAAUAACAUUUGAGGCCCCCUAGAAUGUGAGGCCCGGGGCAAAUGCCCCUUUUGCCCCCCCCCCCCCCACCCCCACCCUUAGAUGCGGCCCUGCUCCACAUGCACAUGGUGGACAUAGCAUUGGUUAACACAACACAGUAGCGCAAAACCUUGUGGUGUGGUCCAGCAAAUGAAAGCAUAUGUUAACAUAAAGAGUGAUCCAGUAAACACUAUUUUUGAGAAAAUGAAUAUUUAGUUGAAAAGGGCCAGGACCCAUCUCACUGGGCGAGGGAGGGGGGUGCCCCACUGACGUCUGACUUUGUAAUACUCCUCAAAAUGCACCACAAAAACAAUUUUCAGUGUACUGAAAAUUUCAGGGGCAAUUGACCCCCCUCCUUUCCCCCCGAGCCUCACCUGAAGGGUCUGAAAAUGCCCAAAGACAUCAGGAGCACGUCAAAAUAAAACCUACUUCAAUUUUCCUCCCUUUAAAAAAAAUUCAGGGGCAAAUACUAGGGAUUGGGGAGGGGGGGGGAGCUCAGUCAAGCCUUAGACAAGUUUUACACCAUGCCCUGGCCUCUUAGAUUGGAAACACUUUAAAUCAAAAGAGAAACAAUUUUUGAAAUUUCCAAAUUCUUGGGUGUUGACCUUCGGAAGGAGGGGGGGGGGGGAGGGGGCGCGUCUACCCCCGAGCAAAUUUUCCACCAUUCUCCGGCCUCAAUGAUACACAAAAAGCAUGGUUAUUGCCCAUAGCUCGAAAGUAGUGGUUUUUUGCCCAUAUGACCUAACCCCCCCCCUUUCCCCUCCCAUUCCUUUCU